AUGCGCACGACUGUCGAAAAUGUCAACAUCAUUCUCCCUGUGGCCAACCCUGGAAUGGCAGUGAGUAGCACCUCCAUUAACGCGGCCAUUCUCUCCCAACUCGAGGUCGCCCUUGAGGGGUUCCAUAAGAAGGCAGGAAGACCUGUGGACUCGCAAAUCAUAAUGAACAAUGUCAAUAUAACGACAAACAUCCUCGCUGGCCCUCCUCCUCCAAUUGCUCCGGACGCGCCGUUACUGGGCAGAGUGAUGCAACCAGACACACCGUUACUGGACAGAGUGCAACGAAUUCCGACAGAACCACGCCCUAUCAUCCCCGGCUACGGGCCCACUCCUGUUAAGACUGAGUUUGACGAACCAACCUUCAUCCGCUCUGCAUUCUCCCAACCUGCCCGCCAACCUGAGUUUGCCCGACCUGUAUUCCCUCCGCCCAUCCCCGGCCAGCCUGUGUUUGGUCAAACCCCCUUCCCACAGCCCACAUUCGUACAGAAUAACUCUGUCGGGAUCACUCCACCCUGGCCUCGCCAUGGCAGACUUUAA